GAAAGAAGACUCUAUCUACUGGUGAGGUCCACAUCUGGGUGAAGGAGUGCCAUGACCUUCCUCUUCUGAGAGGCAACAGGCUCAACUCUUUUAUUAAGUGUACCGUUCUUCCAGAUACUAGCAGAAAAAGUCGCCAGAAAACAAGAACAGUGGCAAAAACUACAAACCCGGUAUUCAACCACACCAUGGUCUAUGAUGGCUUUAGACCAGAAGAUUUGAAAGAAGCCUGCAUAGAACUCACAGUCUGGGACCACAACAAACUAGCCAACCACUUUCUGGGAGGUCUCAGGAUAGGCCUUGGAACAGGCAAAAGCUAUGGAACUACAGUAGACUGGAUGGAUUCUACUUCAGAUGAAACUGCCCUUUGGGAGAAGAUGAUGAACUCGCCAAACACAUGGAUAGAAGAUACACUACCUCUCAGGAUGCUAAUGGUUGCAAAAUUGACAAAAUAA